UCGACGCUACAAAGUACAAACAGAGCAAAAGCAGCGGUCUUGUCUAAUAAGGCAAAAAACAGUUUUCGGCGUCUUCCUCACUUUUACUUUUCUCUCCAUCAUCUCUUCUCUCUCUCUCUCCCCUUCACGGAUUCGUAACUUCUUCUCGGUGCUUCUCCGUCGUCAUCUUCCCAUUAUUGAAUUUGAUUCUUACUUUUUCUCCCUGUAAGCUCGACACGUGGAUUAUUCUCUGCUUUUUCCCCUUUUCUCUGUGAAGACUUGAGAGAGAGAGAGAGAGAGAUGGGAGUAAGUUUCUUAAAUUAGCUCAGCUCUCUAGAUCCUAGUCUCGAUUUCCUCGCCCGUUGAACAAAUUAGUAACUGAAUCAACUUUAGAUACUACCGAUUCCGUAUCCUGCGGCUCUCGAUUUCGUGAAGAUUUGUGUAUUUGAUAACUUUCCCGAUUUAGUUUGAUUCUGUCUUGCUGGUGAAGUCUCACAACCUGCUUCGUUAUUAGCGGAGCAGAUCUGGAGUUCUUAGUUUUUAGGUUCUUACGAUAAGAGCAACCAAUUCAUUGACUUUUUUUUAUAUUAGGCUUAGUUGAUUCAGAUUCAGAACUUAGAUCAAGUUAGAAGCGGAAUCAGAAUCUGCUUGCUACUAUAUAUAUAUAUAUAUAUAUAGAGAGAGAGAGAUGCAGAAUAGGGUUGUACAGUUGGAAGAAGGGAAAGAUAAUGGAAUCAAUGUUGUUAGAACAGGGCAAUACAAGGCAUUCCCAACGAAACUGCUACUUCUACUAGGUUUUUUCCUUGCUUUUGCUAUUACUGUCUUCAUCAUUAGUGUAUCUACAAUCAAGUAUACUGGAUUCCAAAGUGUAGUAACCACAGUGACUUCUAGCUUUGUGCCAUGCCGUGACGAUGACUCGAAUGGUUUGAGUAAAUGGAUACAACCUCCUGCUGUUUUGAUGCAUAAUAUGAGUGAUGAAGAGCUUCUUUGGCGUGCUUCCUUUUGGCCUCGGAGAAAAGAGUAUCCUUUUAAAAGGGUUCCGAAGAUUGCGUUUAUGUUCUUGACUAAAGGUCCCUUGCCGCUUGCUUUGCUUUGGGAGAGGUUUCUUAAAGGUCACAAUGGGCUUUACUCGGUUUACCUUCAUCCUCACCCUUCUUUUACUGCCAAGUUUCCAGCUAAUUCUGUUUUCCACCGAAGGCAGAUACCUAGCCAGGUUGCGGAAUGGGGGAGAAUGUCCAUGUGUGAUGCAGAGAAGCGGCUUCUCGCCAACGCGCUGCUCGAUAUCUCCAACGAAUGGUUUGUUCUUGUUUCAGAGUCAUGCAUUCCACUCUACAACUUCACAACCAUCUACAGCUACUUAAGCCGAUCAAAACACAGCUUCAUGGGUGCUUUUGAUGACCCUGGGCCAUAUGGGCGCGGACGCUACAACGGGAACAUGGAACCUGAAGUUCCAGUUACCAAAUGGCGAAAAGGGUCUCAAUGGUUUGAGAUUAACAGGGACCUCGCAGCUACCAUUGUCAAAGACACAUUGUAUUACCCGAAAUUCAAAGAGUUUUGCAGACCCGCUUGCUACGUGGACGAGCAUUACUUCCCGACAAUGCUGACAAUCGAGAAACCAGCGGUCUUGGCUAACCGGAGCAUAACGUGGGUGGACUGGUCGAGGGGAGGUCCCCACCCAGCUACGUUUGGGAGAUCGGACAUUACAGAAAAGUUCUUUGGAAGAAUCUUUGAUGGAAGAAACUGCACUUACAAUGGUCGCAACACUUCCAUUUGCUAUCUCUUUGCUAGGAAGUUUGCUCCAAGUGCUCUGGAGCCUUUGCUUCACAUUGCUCCGAAGAUUCUUGGAUUUUGACUAGUUUAGUAAUGAUGUCUCCCGAACCUCUUGACAUCAAAUAGAGGUCACGAAAUGAGUGGAUACGCCGAUGUUAUAUUCAUAUAUUGUUUUGUUUGUUGUGAUAUUAGUUUGGAAGAAAUGAGAGAUAUUAGUAAAGAGAACUAGGUUGCACAACAGGAUCCCAAUCAUAUGUAAACUUUAUAUAUUUAGAGGAUUACUAUGCAUAGAUCAAUUUUUCUUUCUGAUAGUCUUGGGACAUUUUUUACGAUGGAUUAAAUAAAACAGGUUUACACAA